AUGUCGUUUGAUUUCAAAGGCAAAGUUGUGUUCAUAACAGGGGGGUCCAUUGGGAUAGGUGCCAAAGUUAUUGAAUAUUUAUUAGAUGAAAAUGUAAAGCACGUGGCCUUCUUGGAUGUUACAGAAGACAAAGGAGUUGCAUUACAAACUGCAUUAAGCAAAAAAUAUGGUGCCAGUAAAGUUAAGUUUUUUAAGUGUGACGUGACAGAUGAGGACUGCUUGAUGGGGGUAUACGAUGCAGUCUUAAGUGACCAAGGUUAUAUUGAUGUAGUUAUUAACAAUGCUGGCAUCAUGAAUGACAGCAAAGAGAAGUACAAGAAAGAGAUAGAAAUCAAUGUGACUGCAUUGGUAACAAGUACACUUAAAGCCAUAGAUAUCAUGAGCAAGGAGAAGGGCGGUAAAGGGGGUGUGGUCUUGAACAUGUCAUCUAUUGCUGCUUUAUUUCAGGAUCCUUUACUCCCUAUCUACUAUGCCACUAAAAGUGCUGUAUUACAAUUUAGUAAUUGCAUAGGGUUGCCUGAGUAUUACGAUAGAACGGGAGUGCGUGUGUUGACUAUCUGUUUUGGAGCUACAGAUACCUCGCUUCUCAGCGAGGCUAAAUUGGGAAACUUUGACAAAGAAAUUGAAAAAAAUAUGAUGAAUAUAGUAAGGUCUCAUCCUAGCCAAAAAGUGGAAUCUGCGGCACUUGGUGUAAUAGGAUCGAUUAAACAUGGCGAAAGUGGUUCUACCUGGCUAUCCAUAGCUGAUAAGCCUGUAAGGGAUGUUACCGAAGUUGUAAAAAAAGCAUAUUCGAUUCUUAGUGAACUGGUUUUUAAU